AGUGCAGUAAGUUUAGCUACAAAGAAAAAACCUAUUGAGUGAGAGAGAGGGAGGAGAGGAGAAAGAGACACAUUUAUAACGUCGCGAGUCGCGAAUGGAAAAUUGUAGAUACGCACAUAUGCACUUCGUUGCACUUUGUGUUCGACUUGAUCAUGAUACAUAUAAUUACUUUAUUGUUACGACUUAAUUGAUAGACACCCGAAAAAAAAUGUUACGCGACGUUUUAGUGCAUCUGCUGAUUAGUGUUGUGGGUAUAUUUAUUGGGCUGUUAGGGUUUUUUGUCCUGUUUGUCGCUUAUGGAAACCACGAUGUCGGAUUUUGGUCGAUGCUAGCAGGUGCCUUAGCUGGAGUCUGUUUUCACUUACAAUGGGUAAGAGGCAAGGAAACUUUGGAGAGAUGGCACACUAGAGUUACAUUGCGGAAUUUAAAUGUUGUUGGCUUUGUAAGUGCUGUAACUGGCGUUACUGCACUGAUUUGGUAUUUGUUUCUUACGUUUUAUUACAAGAUUCCCAUUCAACCAAUUUCUGAGAGCACGUUCAUAUCAGCAGUAUGGUCUAUGAUCUGUGCAAAAUGGGGUAUUACAUUGAUGUAUUAUUCAAAUAAAUACGAAUUAUUAGUGCAAGAGGGAACAGCACCCAUACUUACGGACAAUGCUUGAGAAACGACAUUAUUUAUAUUUUUAUAUACAAUUAUUUUUCACACAAAAUUUUAUAUCGUUUUUUUUAAUAAGAUAAAUAUAUUAGGCCUGUUCGUCUUUUUUUUGCGUAAGGCACUUUCUUUUCUUCAUUAUCUCGCUGAAUGAGACAGAAAGAAAUAUAAAAGGUGGAUCUUGAAAUUUCAUCCAUAUAUCAUUGUAUAGAUGUGUAUUUGUUAGUGCAUUAGUUGUCAUCUCUAAGGAGUUAUAGUAAUGCCGAUUGCUUGAUGUUGAAUGGGAGAGGGAAAUGGAGGAUGAGAAAAGAACACUGAUAAACUUGCAAGGCCUAAUAUAUAAGAUAUUUUUUUUAUAUGUAGAUUAUUAAAUAUAUAUUUUAGAUUAUAAUAAAUUUUAGAUUAUAAAUAUAUAUUUUAAAAAAA